AUAGUUUAAUAAACAAAUUAACUAACAAAUUAAAUAAUGAAUUAAAUGAUGAAUCAGUUGGAUUAAUUAAUUUAUCAAAUAAGUUACUUGAAACAUUAAAAAUAUUAAAAAGUUGCUUUGUUUGUGAAAAAAAUUUAUUAAAUAAUGAAAAAGUCAAAGUUUUACUUAGUAAAUUAAUAGGAAUAAAUUCAAAAAUGAUUGAUAAAUUAUCUGGAGAAAUAUCUGG